CAAUAACAAUCAAUAAAAAUCUAAUUUGUUGAACUAUGUAAAUGAGAUGUUGGCAUAAUACAUUCUGUUACAUAAUUAGGAAGAUUGGUUUCCUCUGCCAUCUUACCUUAUUUGCUGUAGCUACAGUGACUAAUCUAUCACUAUUUAAAGGAAGUUCAGCAACUUUUCAUCCCCUCAGUUGUAACCUCCACAUCAUCACUGAGGGAACUCACUCAGAACAUCAACCCUCUCUGCAGACUUUGCUCCAUCUGGUUACUUAGCUGCCUCUGUUUGUUUGUUUUUAUUUUCCUCAGUGACUCAUCAUCUGCUUCAUUUCCUCCAUCUCCUCUCUGGCCUCCGACCAUGGGAAAAGCCUUGUGAGAUCAAUAGUGGUGUUUUUCUCCCACUCUCUGUCUCUAGGCCAAAUCGUUCCUGUGGGACGUCUGCAAAGAUGGCUAACAUGUGUUCACUCACUUCCUGUGGACCAUAGUAUUUCUCUAUCCCAUCAUCAUUGAUGUAGUGAGCACAGUGAAUGCAUUAUAAUCCACCGUGCCUUGUGAUAUUAUCAUAAAUUGUUAUUCAACAGUUUUUCAGACUGGAAAUACCCACUGUUACAUCAGUGGCACAGAGCUCGGAGCAGGAAGUCAGAGGACACAAGGUCUUUUCCAUCUCCUACUCCUACACCACAUUUUCUAUCCUCCCAGGAUCAGACUGCUAACACCUGCUUUACCAAUAGGCAAUGCUGUGGGUCUCGUCAGCACUGCAGGGUUUGGUUUCCAGCCUCCUCUGAUCAUCUGGUGUGGCCCAUCUGAUCUUUCAAUCAAUGGAAAUCCAAUAGGAGUGAAUACAUCUCAGGGACUCUCUGAGGAGCAUCUGAACUUUGACCAAGCGCCUCUCUUAAUAAGGAGAGUUUUGAAAUUGGAUCUGAAGUUCUUUACUUUACUUUACAGGGCUUCUAUGCCAAAAAGAGAAAGAAAGUCAAUAAAAAAGGCGUCUUUUAGUCAGAAGUCCGGACACAUUCGGAGGGCAGUGCCGAUGCCUGGUCCCCCUCUGCUGCGUGUCGUGGAUGUAACUCUGCACUCUGGAUGGGGAGGAGAAGGGGUUGGGAGGAGGGAAAUAGCAGAGGAGCCCAGUGAGUGAAUGAAAAAAGAUAGGCGCAAGACAUAAACAAUAAUGUGGACACUGCUCUACGGAUACACUUCAGACAAACCCAUGGAUCUAGCUGUCUGGACUUAGCUGGAGUAGAGAAAUGGAUCUUCAUGUGUCAGAUAACUCUGACAGUCCAGCCGACAUGGAGCGCAUGAGCAGGAAUAAAGUCCAACAUGGGCGACAGAUGCACCAGGUCUUACAGAGCACUCCUUUAGACCUGAUUGAGACAGGCAAGUCCCUGAAAGUCCAGGCAGAGCGCCCCCACCUGGUUAGUUUGGGAAGUGGACGCUUGAGCACAGCCAUCACCCUGCUUCCACUGCUGGAAGGGAGGACCACACUGGGCAGCGAGGGGACAGAUAUCCCACUGCAGGGCCACGGUAUCGCAGCUCAGCACUGCUACAUUGAAAACCAAGCUGGCAGCAUCACCUUGUACCCAUGUGGAAACCAGUGCUCCGUAGAUGGCCUUCCCAUCACCAAACCCUAUCGCCUGACACAAGGGUGCAUGCUGUGUUUUGGUCAGUCUGCCUUUUUCCGCUUCAACCAUCCAGAGGAGGCCCUGAGAAUGAAGAGCAUGCUGCCUGGCGGUGGCCAAGGACUGAGCACCACAAGAACUCACCCUACUGACUCCCACAGUGUCCUAAAUGGAAACCAUCAGUCUUUUUUGAGCAACGGCGACUCCAAAAUCAACAACAUAUCAAAGAACCUCCAGGACUCCUUGAUGCUGAAGGCCUCAUCGUCAUCAGGAUCUGGUAAACAACCUAUUCAUCAGCCCUCUCCUUCAAACAUGCUAAAUGGGAGAAACGACUCCAUGACUGAGGACUCAAUUUAUGAAAACAGCAGCAGCUUUCUGGGCUCGAACCUCAGCAACAAAACUCCUCCAGUACUUGCACGGUCCACUACUCCUGUCCCCCAUCCACGGACAUCACUCUCUGUGGCCUCAAGCUGUACUACUAGUGGUCAGAGGGCCCAGGAGAGCCCAAAGCUUCUUCAGAACAUAAGAGCAGAAGCUUCAUCAAGCCCCACACCACCUCGCAAGGAGUCAGGACAGGGCACAGAAAACUUUAGCUUAAGUCAUAAACCCGCCCUGUGCAAAUUUUCCCCAACAGCACCAUCCAGCCCUCGAGUAAGAGGUUCUUCCCUACAGAAGAGAUCCCCCAGUCCUAUGCAAGAUCAGCACCCCUCUCAUGUAGAUGUCCCUCAAAGGCUCAAGACUCCAGAGCCGACGGGGUCCACCAGCCUGAGAGAACUUCCGCCCCCCAGCCCUUGCAUGUCCCGCAGAGGGACUCCAGGAUCCUCGCUUGCCUCACAGGGCUUCACUGCUAAACCCGUCCCCGAGAGCCCCCAGGGCCCUCUGAAACUCAUACCUCCUUCUAAAGCAGAAGCCAUGAGGGCACUUUAUACCCAGAAUCCAUCAUCACUCUGUGGGAUGGAGAAGAAGCCUGGAGGCAGACAGUUAAGGCCUGCCCCGGGAAAUGCCAUCGUGUCAGGCCUGGGAUCUCUAUCUGGUUCAUCUCCUCUUGCUAGCCCCCACAACCAAAGAAAGACCACCUGCAUGACCAUAGCAGGCUCUUCCAGCAAGGAACAGAGUCUUACAAAACCAUAUACCCGAGAACGCAAGAACAGCAUCUCUGAGAUCAGUGACAAUGAGGACGAGUUGCUGGAAUACCACCGCUGGCAGAGAGAGGAGAGGCUGCGUGAGCAGGAAAUGGAGAAAAUGGAGCGACAGAGGCUGGAGACCAUUCUCAGUCUGUGUGCAGAGUAUAAUCAUGAGGACAGUGCUGUGGAGCUGGCUGAGGUGGUGAGGAGUGGGCUGCUGGGGGGCGCUAGAGGAACCUGCUUGGACAUCGGAGGGGGGAUGUCCCUCCAGGGAGUAGACAGGCCCCAGAGGGUGAGAGAGAACGAUGAGGAAACCCAGAGAGAGGAGUCUAGCAGCACAGAGAGCACACAUCAAGAGUGUGAAGAGCUGUUAGCUGGUCAGGAGCAGGUCUACCUGGAGGAGGAGAGGAACAGGAUCUUGGCCAGGGUGGAUGACUUGAAGCACAGAGUCAGUGAACUGGAGCAGCAGUUACAAGAGACCAAACAGGAGGUGGAGAUGGAGCAAGCCCUGCUGCAGGCAGAGAGGCGGGCUGAGCAGGAGCAGGUGGAGGCUGAAAAUGAAAUCAUCUCUCAGCUGCAGCUCAAACUCAGCCAGCUGGACAAGGCCACCCAGAAAGAGAAAGACAAGGGGAGGGCUAAUGUGUCGGCUGAGCGGAAGGUCCUGGAAAAGCAGAGGAAUGAGUACAAUGAGCUGAAGAGGCAGUUUGAUAAGUGCCCCUUGUCUCUAAGGGAACAGUUACAGGAGCAGCUCAGCAGGAAAGCUGAAGCUCUGGAGUCUGGGACCAAGCGGUUUGAGGAGCUGGAGUUCUGCCAGCUAGAGGAGGAGAGCAGUCUGGAGGAGAAGAAGGAGACUCAGAGCUCCCAGCUUCUCCAAGAGCGAGCCGAGUAUCACUGCAGCGUGGCCAAGAGGAAGGAGAAGAUGGGCGCCCUGGAAGCUCAGGUGAAGCAGCUGGGGUUACAGGCAGCUCAAGAAUGCGAGAGGAUGGCUAAAGGCAGGGCAGUGACUCUGCAGCUGUUACACAAGGAGCAAGACAGGCUGUGUGUCCUGGAGAAGAAGUACCACGCCUUGACAGGAGGGAGAAACUUCCCAAAGUCCAACAGCAGCAUGAAAGAGGACUUUCUUCACAUCAGCGAACCUGAUCUUGUUCAUAUGGACGGCCCUGCUCAUAGUCCUUGUCCCUCCUCUGCCUCCUUCUCCUCCGCUCACCUCCCCUCCCCUGAACUCUAUCCUGUUAGGCUCCAAGAGGAGUACCUCCGGCUCUCUGAUGUCUAUAAGAUGUAUGGAAAUGCUUCAAUGCAACCCCACCCUUCUUCCCCUGCUGCGCUCCACUGCCUCUCCCUCGCUGUAGCUCCAGGUCUGCCAUGUGAGGAGUACAUCACAGUCAGUCAGUUAAGCCAGAUCUUUGGGAUGCAGAGAAUUGAUGCCUCCUCUUCCUACUCUAUUCCAUCAUUCCACCUUGCCUCCUCUGAAUCCGCCUUCUCAUACCACUCAACUGCAUGUGAUCCUUCCCCCUUUCUCUCUGCACAGAGCCAGCCUGAGCUGAGCAGGAAUGCAAUGCCUCCUAUUAACCUCGAGCGCUGGUACCAGGACAUCAUGGCUGCUGGAGAGCCUCCGUCAUGUCCUCCACCGCUGCCUGCAAAGUCUUUUUCUGCACGCAGGCAAGGGCAGCUACUGAAGUCCAAAUCAGAUGGUGAGGUGGCACAGGCAGCAUCAUGCAGCACUGUAGCCCUGCCACCCUCCAGUGGUGUUGCUCAUGAGAAAAAUGCAUCCACUAAGGGGUUACAGUUAGUGCUGAGAGAGAUGUCAAACCCGUUAGAUAUGGACCCGAGGAGGCAGUUGGCUCUUCAGAGUAAAGAUCUGUCUCCCACAGUCCAUCACUCCAUCCUGCACCAUCAGUCGCCACCGAGUGGCAGCCAAGCGUACGACACCCUGAGCCUGGAGAGCUCAGACAGCAUGGAAACCAGCGUCUCCACCGGCAACUCCGCCUGUACCCCAGAAAGUGCCUGUGGGUUAGAGGCCCAGCGGAUAGAUGAGAUGGAGAAGAUGUUGAAGGAGGCGCAGCAGGAGAAAGCCAGGCUGAUUGAGAACCGAGAGAGAGAGGUGCAGGCUCGGCGGCAGAUGUUGGAGGAGGAGCGGAGGAGGCGAGAGGAGGCCGAGAGGAGGCUUCAGGAUGAGACGGCCCACAGGCAGAGGCUGGUGGAGGAGGAGGUGAAGAUGAGAGAGAAACACUUCUCCCAGGCCCGUCCAAUGACGCGCUAUCUGCCAAACCGUAAGGAGGAGUUUGACCUGCGCGCACACGUGGAGUCGUCCGGCCACAGCAUAGAUACCUGCCCCUAUGUCAACCUCACAGAGAAGAUGUGCAAGGGCCACCUGGUGAAGAUGGGUGGCAAAAUCAAAUCGUGGAAGAAACGCUGGUUCGUUUUUGACCGUCUCAAGAGGAAUUUCUGUUAUUAUGCGGACAAGCAUGAGACCAAGCUGAAAGGACUCAUUUACUUUCAGGCGAUUGAAGAGGUUUAUUACGAUCACCUACGCAGUGCCACCAAGAGCCCCAAUCCAUCUUUGACCUUCUGUGUGAAAACCCACGACCGCCUCUACUACAUGGUGGCACCAUCCCCAGAGGCCAUGAGGAUCUGGAUGGAUGUCAUAGUAACGGGUGCCGAGGGCUACACGCAGUUCAUGAGCUGAGGGACCAGUGGGCGACGGAAUCGGAGGAUGACAGGGACUGAGCAGGCACCCAGACACCUGAGAGCCAACCUGAGCUGCCGGAGCCGGUGCCGAAAAUCAAUGACACACGGACUGACGGUGUAUAACAGAUGGACAUUUGAAAGGAUGAACAAUCUGGGGCUCUCAUAAAAAGCCUGAUGCAUUUGAAAGAAUUUAUGAGUUGUAUUUGUCUUUCAGCUGCUAUGAGAAGGAAAAUAGUUUGAGCAACCUGCCAAUGUGAAGGGAGCUCACAAUUACAUCACAUUCUGUUACCAAAUUAUAUUGUCAGUUAAUUACAGUAUAAUUUUUGAGGUUUCAGGAGGAACACUAUAAAGAUUUCUUACUUCAUAUAAGCUCAAACUGUUUCCACCUGUGAAGCUGAUCUAUGCAUGCAGUGUUAUUACUCUAACUGAUGCCUUUUUUUCCCUUUUUGAUACAUUUGUACUUUUCCCCCUUGAGUUUGUAUUUAACAAAAAAUAAUCUCUUGAUGUUUCAAAACACAAAAAAUUUUACACAUUUUAUUAGCAAAUAUUCUAAAAUAUUUUAAAAGAGUCAUAUGUUACUUAUUCAGUUAAACAUUACUUGGUGCCAAAUACUUUAUGUAAUGUUUUGUUGUACUUUUACAUUAUAUAAAUGUUGUAUCACUAUCUAUUGUUCCAAGGGCUUUUCAGUCAUGCAAAUAAUAGCAUUUGUGUUUAACCGCAUCCUGUAUUUUACAUGAAUAUGUCAAAGAAAACCUAUUAGUGUUUUACCAACAUAAACAUAACAUAAAUUAUAGUCCUAUAGGCCUAAUGAUAUUGUAAAACUACCAUGUACAUCUAAGAAAUAAAAAUAUAUCAUGCA